AUGGACGCAAGAAAAAGACAAUUUUCUUUACCAUCGUUAACCUUUACGCUGACCGAAAAAGUCAAGAAUAACCGAAAUUCAGUGGAGCAACUGAGGGCCAAGCUGGCGGAAGACAGGUCAAAGGAGAAGGAGACCAAGGACAAGGCCACGAAAGAAGCCAACAUAGUCCAGGGCAAGGAAAAGGCAAAAAAAACCAGAGCCCGACGCAAAACAAAGCCGGAGAAAACGGAAAUGGCACAAGAUUUUUCGGCCGGAUCAAAAACCAAGCCAGAGACCAAACAAGAGAACAAACCCAAGACCAAACCCAAUACCAAGCCAGAGACCAAACCGGAGACCAAGCAAGAGACCAAACCAAAGACAAAACCAAAGAACAAACCCCAGACCAAACCCAAGACCAAGCCAGAGACCAAGCCAAAGAGCACCCUCGAGCGCAAGGAAAGGCCGGCUUAA